AUGGCCAAUGCAAAGGAGCGGCCGCGGGCGCGGUUUGCUCCCAUCCCAAUUGAGACGACCUUUGAACGUUACCGCAAGACCAUUCCGACCUGCGAACUUACCCCGAGCCCUUCCCCUCGCUCUCCUUCACCGCCCCCAGCGCGCGAGAAGCGCCGCUUCGCCCCCCAGCUCGUCGAGUCCUCGGUCCGACGUUCGCAUCGUGCAGGUGAUGAAGGGCCCGCGACCAGGCCUACCGACAAGACCGACAUUACCCCUUACACAAACCACAUCUAUGCACCUAAGGCGAGAAAGAGGUUUGCUGCUACCACGACCACAGACAACGAUGGUUCAGAUAGUGCAUUACAAGACGAUAGGCCUGCCCGUCGCGAGUCCUGUGAUGAUGAGAUUGCCGGCGGCGUGUUUGACGUCGCGGCCAGGGAGGCUCAGAGGAAGCUCCAUGAAGUUGCACUAGCGGCGUUCCCCAACGCUGGCCAGCGAGCUGGCGGAGCAGAACACUUCUUUAUGCGAGAAGGUUCCUCCGACGAUGACAUUCCCCCCAGGGGAAGGCCCCGGACGAGGAACAACCUCCAUUCGAGGAGAAACUCGUCCGAGGAGGAUCUCAGCUGGGCAUUCAAGGAGAUGCAGGAGCAUGCCCUCAAGGUCCAGCGCCAGCGGACUCGGGACAGCAGUCGCUUCCGGUCUCUUGACCGCAUCGACUCCCUGGAACUAGACAAGAUGUCGCUGGGGACGCCCCCCAGCGACGCCAUCCACCUGACCAGCCGAGAACGGACGUCAAUCGCCAGCUCCUCAGACGGUUGGUUUUCAACCCGGCCGCCCUCGUCAGCAGCUGCCGGUAUAGGCCUAGGUCCAAUCGGGGAGUCGCACAUGCCCCUCCUGCGUUCCGACUCGCCCAUCACUGGCAUCCGGCCGAUUGGUGAGUCUCCCAUGCCGUACAUCCCUCCCCCCGAGCUGCCCCCCAUCCGCCCCGUCGGUGAAAGCCAUAUGCCCUACAUCCCCGCGGCCCCCGCCGGCCGUGCAGGCGACAUGCCCUAUGUCGUGCCGGCCUCGCGCAUCCCGCCCGAGACAGGCUUCCGCAACCACGCCCCAUACAACCCAUACUACCCUCCUCAAGAGCGCGACAUGUCUUUGGAACGCGCCCGCGAGCAGCAUCGCAGACGGCUCAAGAAGUCGCCUCCCCUGUUGGGUGAGGACCUCGUCUUCCCGCGGUGUCCCUCACCUAAGCAGACGAAACUCGACCCCCGCCCGUUGUGGGAUACGGGCGCCCAGGAAGAACAGAACCGCGACCCGACGGAGAAACAUGGCCUCUGGCACGGCUACUGCUACAGCGAGGACCCCAGUAAGCAUGUGGCGCCCGCGGAGCGGCCAGCCCUGAUCAGCACACCGCAGCCGUUGGGUAGUCCGACGGAUCCGUUUGCUAGGGAGUUUGGCAUGUCGGCGCCAACGUUGAGUGAAGAUGAAGCUAGCAGUACGACUUCCUCAGGGGAUGGCGCGACAAGGGCGACGACGUUGAAUAGGCCUUCUUCGGCGAAUGGGAUGAGUGGACACCCGCCACACCCGGAGCAUCGGACGAAGAAUAAUGAGCCAAAGGGACUUCAUAUGCUGCAGAAUUUACAUAGUUUGGACGAGAAGCUGAGGAAGGAGAAGGAGGCGGCGGAGUUGGAGGAGAAGAUUGCGGCCGAGUUUGAUGAUCGCUUCGUCACGCAGGUAUAUAACUACCUCUCGCUCGGGUAUCCUGCAACGGCACGGCUCUAUGACGAGGAGUUGAGCAAGAUCAGCAGGAUUGAUAUUGCAGAGCUGGAGCGGGACGACGAGGAGAUUAUGAACAGUUUGUGGGGCGAUGGUGAGGGGAACGGGAAGCAGGCGAGGGGACAUAUCAUUCUGGAUGCCGAGAUGGAUGGCGUUAAGGAAGAGGAUAGGUGUCCCCGGUGGAAGGCGCUCAAGAAGUAUAUCUGGGAGUGGGCGAGACAGCACCCGGAUCUGAAUGCUGUCAGCCCGCUGGCAUGGGGUGUGCAAGAAAGGAAGGGCAGUUGGGGACUCUGA